AAUCUUGAAAAAGUUCUCUCUAUUUUCCGGCUUCCUAAACUGCGAACUAUUUGCAAAUAGCAUGAAGUCAAAAAUGGAAGCUAGAGCAAUCCAUUGUAUGAAUUUCUCACCAUUUCCUAGUUUGUUCUAAAACUAACCAUUUUGAAGAAAGACCACCAAAAGUUAAAAAAGGGUUUUAAAUCAAGUUUAUUUCAAUCAAAAAGGGGCCAUAACUGCCAAAUACUUCGGUGAAAACCAAAAAGAUAUUUGCCUUUGGGCAAGGCAAAAGAAGUUUAUAGUUUCCUUUUUAGCAAAAGCACAUUCCUCACUUUUUCCCCUGGAUGAAAGAGGCCAAAGACGCAAAAAAAGAGAACCAUCAAUUUGUCAGAAUCUGAGCAUGUUAAUGGCAGCAAACAGGAUUUUGUCAGAGUUUGGGAGCGUUUUUAAGAACCCAUUUUAUCACAUAAUGCUAUCUUGAAUGCAGACAUGAAAGAAUCUUAGGUCCCACAUUGGUGUUAAAAUGAAAUAAUUAUGCACAAAUUUCUCAAUUUGUCAUUUUCAUAGGAACAAUAGUAUUUUCAAUUUUCAAAAUAGAGAGAUGAAUUGGAAGAAAUAAUCACAGAACUCGGGCACUAAAACAAAUGAAUGAAAGCACCCUCUCAACGGCUACCCUCAAAUCUCCAAAAAAUAAAAAUGGAGGGAGAGAUAGUAGCUUCUAUUUCUUAACCAAACCAAACACAGCCCACCAAUACCAACUUUUACCUUUCAUCUGCCUUUUCUUUUCCUUCAAGUACAUGUAUCUCUCUCUCUAUCUGAAAUAAAGUUGUUGGAAAAAUGUUGUCGAGUAUUCUCUAAAUCUAUCUUCACUUGCUCAAUACGUACUCUUGAGGAGAUUCCUGUACUAUCUAACCUCUUCUUUAGGCACAUCCUCAGAAUCAUUUUCAUUUCUUCAUAUUGUUCAAGCAUUAAUUAAAAAACUCAACAAAAAAAAAUUAGGCUAAAAUUUUAGCUUUCAUGUCUGUUAGAUGACACCAAGCUAUUUCUCAUAAUUCCAGAGCGGUCAUGCAACUAGACUCUUUGUCCUAUUAUCUGUUUCAUGUAAUAUAAUCUGUCAACUCAAUCAUCAAACACAGAUUGAUUCAUCCAAGGAAGAGACACGAUGCCUUUUGGGUUAGUCUCAGCAUGGAACAAGCGCCGGAGAAGCAAGACCCAGGAUCCCACAGACCCAUGGAUUUAUAAACCAGCAGAGUACUGGCAAAUUGAGGAUCAAACACCCCGGCCUACAAAAAGACGCCAUGAAUCGUCAGUUUUCACACUCAAGGAGAUGGAGGAGGCAACAUGCUCUUUCAGUGAUGAAAAUCUGCUUGGGAAAGGAGGAUUUGGCCGAGUUUACAAGGGCACUCUGCGAUCAGGAGAGGUUGUUGCUAUCAAGAAAAUGGAGCUGCCACCAUCCAAAGAAGCUGAUGGAGAACGUGAGUUCCGUGUAGAAGUUGAUAUCUUGAGCAGACUUGACCAUCCAAAUCUGGUAUCGUUGAUAGGUUAUUGUGCAGAUGGGAAGCACCGGUUUCUAGUCUAUGAAUACAUGCAAAAAGGGAACCUGCAAGAUCACUUAAAUGGUAUUGGGGAAACAAAAAUGGAUUGGCCUUCAAGGCUCAAAGUGGCACUUGGAGCAGCCAGGGGACUUGCUUAUCUACACUCUAGUUCUGCUGUUGGAAUUCCUAUAGUUCACAGAGAUUUCAAGUCCACCAAUGUUCUUCUAAAUGCCAACUUUGAAGCAAAGAUAUCUGAUUUUGGACUAGCCAAACUGAUGCCAGAGGGUCAUGAGACUUAUGUGACUGCCAGAGUUCUUGGCACAUUUGGCUAUUUUGAUCCUGAGUAUACAUCAACAGGAAAACUAACUUUACAAAGUGAUGUUUAUGCAUUCGGAGUGGUUCUUCUGGAGCUUUUGACAGGACGCAGAGCUGUAGACUUAAACCAGGGACCAAAUGAUCAAAACCUUGUUCUCCAGGUUAGGCACAUAUUGAAUGACCGGAAGAAGUUACGCAAGGUGAUCGAUCCAGAGAUGGGUCGAAGUUCAUACACCAUUGAAUCUAUAGCUAUGUUUGCAAACCUGGCAUCACGCUGUGUCCGUGUUGAGAGCGGAGAGCGACCCUCAAUGCCAGAAUGUGUAAAAGAACUUCAACUGAUUUUAUGUAAAAAUGCAAAAGGCCUAGGCAUGGCUUUUAGGAUGGGUUGAGAAAUGCGGACUUUUUUACCAGAAGUGAAUUGUGUCAUAUCAACAAUAAGGAUGCUCUGAAUUAUGAGCAAACAUUAUAAACAUAGCAAUUUGAUAAGAGGCAUGUUUAGAUAAGGUAUUUCAGUUAUCCAUGAGUCAAAACAAAAGAAAUUUGAGUAGGGUCAUGUUGAGAGUGAUUUCAAGGUAAAGAACAAUUGGAGAACUGAGAAACUUGAAGUGAUAAUAUUUCCUCAUAUGUAUAGUUGUAGUCUAGCAUCACCAGUUUGUUUGCUAAAUGUUUUUCUUAGUGCAGCUAAUUCUAUGCAUUGUAUAUUGUAUAAAUACGGUUAAAUAAUAAGUAUUGUGCACCCAAAAUAAAAAUGUGAACAAAUAGCGCUCUUGUGCUCUUUAAUUUCAUUUGCACUAACAAUAACCAUAAUUCA